AUGGCGGGUCGCAGCAGCCCAAUAGGCGCUGGGGCCUCUGGCCCAAACGACUACGGCGAGGAAUGGGCUCACGACCUGCGGGUGAAGUUCGAGGGACUACUCCGCGACAAGCGCAUGAACGACCUGCGCGCAUCCUCCCGCCAUGCCUCGCCAGCACAUGGCCUCUCCGAGCGAGCAUCAAGCGCGAACCUGCGAACGUCCAACUCCACAACAGCAAGCCGCCCUUCAACGUCACAAGGGUCGGCACUUCCCUCCUACGCCUCGUUACGGCACCUUCCCAUCGUCCCCACGGCGCCCGACGCGAGCGAUCGCGAGUCACAAAAGCUCCGCAACCUGCUCAUCAGCUUGUCUUUGACACCGACCAAGUACGAGAACCCUGGGCUUCUGGACGAAGCCCUCCAGAUCAUCCCUCUCGACAGGAUAUACAGCGAAGCCGAGGAAGAGACCCAGGUACUACAGGCUGAGGCUGAGAGCAUGGGCGAUGGUCGACGGCCAGAAUGGGGAUACCAAGAUUGCGUCAUUCGCGCAUUGCUAAGAUGGUUCAAGCGAUCAUUCUUCACAUGGGUGAAUAAUCCACCUUGCCAGGCAUGUCUUUCCCCUACCGUUGCACAGGGCAUGACCGCGCCGACGCCUGAGGAGAGUGCGUGCGGUGCGCUGAGAGUCGAACUGUACCGAUGCUCAUCACACUCCUGCGGGGCAUACGAGCGGUUCCCCCGCUACGGUGAUGUGUGGCGCUUGCUGCAAACCCGCCGAGGACGGGUCGGCGAGUGGUCAAACUGCUUCAGCAUGUUGUGCCGCGCAGUAGGUGGGCGAGUACGCUGGGUUUGGAAUGCCGAAGACCACGUCUGGACUGAAGUCUACUCGGAUCACCAAAAACGAUGGAUCCACGUCGAUGCCUGCGAGGAGGCUUGGGACAACCCGCGACUGUACACGGAAGGCUGGGGCAAGAAGAUGUCCUACUGCAUUGCCUUUUCGAUCGACGGUGCCACCGAUGUCACGCGGCGCUAUGUCCGCAAGUCGGAGCACUCACAGAACCGGAACCGAUGCCCCGAGGAGGUGCUACUCUACAUUCUCAACGAAAUCAAGGCCUCGCGCCGGGCCAACAUGAGCAAGGAUGAACGCUUUCGCUUGGAAAAGGAGGAUCAGCGCGAAGACCGCGAGCUCCGUGGCUACGUCGUCGCUAUCAUUGCCCAGGCCGUGACGGAUCUCGUACCCGGCAUGACGUCGCCUGCAUCCUCUUCCGGCGCCGCGAGACAGCCUAGCCAAGACCACAAGGUGCCUGCCGAGCAGCCUGGGCGUACCAACGUGGGCCGUCUAAAUCAGCCAUCGCGCAACCCCCCUCUCCCACCAAGGGACUUCAACCACCAGCCCUAG